ACGAUAACCAUAAUACAUUUUUAAAUAUAUACAUGUAUAUAAACUAAGACAAAGUUUCAAGUCAUUCACAUGCUUUGUUUAAUUUUUCUCUGAACAUCAAAUAUUUUUCCCAGGUUUUCUUCAAUCUGCAUGCGAAAAAGAAACAUGGGGUUCUCUAAACUGUUUGUUAUAAUUCUUGGGUUGCUCUUAGCUCUCACCCUGGAUCACUGCACUGCUCAAGAAUUCAGAUGUAGCUCCCCGAGUUCAUGCCGUGCACUUGUCGGGUACAUCACCGUCAACAACACCAACCUUGGCGCUAUCCAAUCGCUUUUCAACGUCUCGAGCUUCCAGAGUCUCCUCGGAGCCAACGACUUGCCUCUUUCCACUCCGCGCAACCGCACCAUAGCUGCACGACAACUCAUCAGAGUCCCCAUCAAUUGUGCUUGUUACAACGGAACCGGGACUUCCAGCGGCGGUCCCACAUACACGAUUCAACCAGGGGACGGGCUUUACCACAUAGCGGCCGAGGUGUUCUCGCAAUUAGUGCUGUUCCCACAAAUUGCAGCUGCCAACAACAUUUCGAAUCCAGAUUUGAUAGCUGCUGGGGACACUCUGCAAAUCCCGUUGCCGUGUAGCUGCGAUGACAUUGACGGUCAGAAAGUGGUGCAUUACGCACACGUGGUGGAACCUAACAGUACUUUGCCAGAGAUUGCUCAGGAGUUUGGAACCAAUGAGGCAACUUUAGCUCGGAUUAAUGGUAUCACCGCCCAGAAUCAGUUAAAAGCUGAGCAACCCAUUGAUGUUCCUCUUAAAGCCUGUAACUCAUCAGUAAGAAGUGACUCAUUGGACUUUCCUCUACUUGCUGCUAAUGGCACAUACGUCUUCACUGCAAACGGCUGUGUGAGAUGCACCUGCGAAGCUGCUAACAACUGGACAUUACAAUGUGAACCUUCCCAGAACAGACCAUCGAGAUGGGAAAGAUGCCCAUCAAUGCAAUGUGAAGAUUCUCAAGGUUUAUCGCUUGGCAAUGUCACCACCUCGGGUUGCAGUAGAACCACAUGUUCCUAUGCUGGCUUUAACAACUCAACCAUCUUCACUACCCUGGUCCAGGACUCAUCUUGUACAACAUCGACUCCAAGCAAUGAUGUGUCAAGAAUCAAUUUGAAAUGGGACAUUGUUAUCAUAUCGGUCUUGCUUAGUCUCCAUCUAGUAAUGCUUGAAACAAUCUAGACGACUUCAGUGGGCUACCAGAUUCUCAAAAACAAAAGACUUUUGGCUAUUUUCUACAUGGUCCCCCCUCAGUUAGCCAAAAAGCUUUUAACUGUUCUUUUUCUUUGAUGCUUACGUUGUUUUCUGGUUAGUUUAUCAAAGUGUUGCCUUUGGAUUAUUCAGAUUUUGAUGAUUAUUGUGUUUUUAUCAGCAAUUAUUGUGAUGUAAAGUAGAACCUUUUUUAUUAUUUAUUUCAACCCAAACCCAAACCCAAACUCUGCUUUCAUAUUCAAA